GCACGAGCUUGCAUUAGGUGUGUUUCUAAAAUUUAAUAUGACAACAAUUUCGUUGGAUUGAUUAGUUUAUUUGUUGUAAUAAAACGUGAAACAGUGUUAUAAUGUGUGGGAAAUAAAUAUGUUUACAGUGUGUGAUAAAUAAGUUGGUAUUUUGCGAAAAAAGUGUAAAGUUUACAAAAUGUCAUCCCUGCACGGAUUGUCAAAGUUAAAAAAGAAACAUUUUCGCGUAAAACACCAAAAAGUCAAGUUAUUCAGGGCAAAUGAGCCCUUCUUGUCGGUUUUUAUGUGGGGAAUAAACCAUACAAUAAAUGAACUUAUGCAUGUCACAAUACCGGUAAUGUUAUUACCUGACGAUUUUAGAGCCUAUUCAAAAAUAAAAAUAGAUAACCAUCUAUUUAAUAAGGAAAAUAUGCCAUCUCAUUUCAAGGUCAAAGAAUAUUGUCCUAUGGUUUUUAGAAAUAUCCGUGAAAGAUUUGGUAUAGAUGAUUUAGAUUACAAGGAAUCUUUAACAAGAUCCCAACCAUUACCUGAUGAUUCUUCAGGCAAAAGUGGAGCAAAAUUCUAUUUAAGCUACGACAAAAUUUUCAUAAUAAAGACUUUAACUUCCGAAGAAGUUGAGAGAAUGCAUUCAUUUUUAAAACAAUACCAUCCUUUUAUCGUAGAGCGCCACGGAAAAACGCUGUUGCCGCAAUACCUCGGAAUGUACCGACUCACCGUCGAUAAUGUAGAGCACUACAUCGUAGUGAGUCGUAACGUUUUCUCGAACCAUUUGAGUACACACAGAAAGUUCGAUUUGAAAGGUUCCACAGUGGACAGAGAAGCUUCGGAAAAAGAGCGGGAAAAAGAAUUACCGACAUUAAAAGAUAACGAUUUCGUUAACGAACAGAUGAAGGUUUAUAUUGGAGAAGAAGCAAAGUCUAAAUUAAUGGAAACUUUGAAUGCAGAUGUGGAUUUCUUGACCAAAUUGCAUUUAAUGGACUACAGUCUUUUACUGGGUAUUCACGAGGUGGAACGCGGCGAGCAGGAGCUGCAGCAAAUGCGAGAACGCGAAGCGGAAAACCCGCAGGAUUCGGACGAGAGCGAGAGCGGCUCCGGUCUCGAGAGCCGGAAUUUCGGUUUCAACACCCCGCCCGACUCCCCGAACGCGGUCGCGCAAUUCGUUCGCGAGCACAGUCUCCAAUACGAAGGUAAACUUCAAAUUUACCAAUAUCUUGAUGUGUUACAAGGUGGUAUUAUUCCGGAGCUGGAUAUCUACGCUAUACCCAGCUGCGAAUCGGCCCCCGUAAAGGAAAUUUAUUUUGUUGCCAUUAUCGAUGUUUUAACGCAUUACGGCGUCAAAAAACAGGCCGCCAAGGCGGCAAAAACCGUAAAAUAUGGCAGCAAUGUCGACGGUAUCAGCACGUGCGACCCCGAGCAGUACGGUAAAAGGUUCAUUGAUUUUAUGUCGAAAGCUAUAGAGUAAAAACAAUUUUUUUCUCGCGACGUUUUUUUUUACUUUUAAAUAUUCUGUCAAAUUUGUGGCAACGUCGCGUUUUUCUUCGAUGGCCUAAAACGACUGUCGAGUCCGUAAGUUUGCAAGGUUGUCAAACUGUGCUGCGAGUCAAUAUUAUAACACUUUUUGUAAAUUAAGGUUUUUCACUUUUUUCCUACCACAAGUUAAUCUGGCAACCCUGCUCUAACCUUGCGAGCCGUAUUUAAUUAAAAACAUAUCUAAGGACUUUUGGCAACUUUGCCUUUAUUAAUCGCUAUAAAAAGCUUGCCAAAAUUUUUAUUGUUGUCAUUUUUGUACG